AUGACUCCAUACAGGGCCCAAGAUACAGGGCCUAUAUUAUUGUACUUGAACGACCCAGUUAUUUACAAGUGGCUGCGUACGCCACCAGUGCCAUAUACCCGUGAGCAUGCAGAAACGUGGGUUGAUAUGUGUAUGGAAAUAUUCAAAACGCCUCUCAGGGAUGGAGAGCAAUGGUAUCAAAAUAAAACGGGAUGGGUUGCUGAGUGCCCAAUUAAGGCGAUAAGGGAAGUCAAACGGAAUGAGCUUGGAGAAAUUGAAGAGGUCAUGAUAGGAGACAUUGGAAUAUCGAGGCAUACCUUCGAUGAAAUCCUGGACGAGGGCGAGAGAAUUGAGACUAAGAAGAUUAACGACGAGAGAAAAGUUGGAGAUGAGAAAAUUAUUUGGACCAUUGGGGAUUGGCUCGGACCUAAUUACCAUGGGAAGGGAAUAAUGACUGCCUGUAUCAAGACCUUAAUUAACUGGGCUACGAUAAACAUGAACGUGCAUCAUAUUCGUGUUUUUGUCGGCGUCGGGAAUGUUGGAAGCAGGAGGGUGUUUGAGAAAAACGAUUUCACAUAUAUUGAGACUAUUAAAGAUGCUUACGAACUCCCAGAGAUAAAAGGAGGGGGAUCAAUGAGUCUCGAAGUCCUUGACUGGAUCCGAAGUAAGGAGUAG